AUGGGAGUUUUGUUGUUGCAACCUCUUAUACUUAUACAAAAUGCACGCUCCAAGAGCAACUUAGAAAUCAUCUAUAAACAAUUCAAUUGUACAGUUAACGAUCCCAAAGGUUACAUUACCAAAUUGUCUUGUAAAGUGAGCAAGAAUUCGAAACGCAGCAGCGUGUUUGCAGAACUACAAUUCAAAAAGGAUUUGAAUCAGUUCAGUGUGGAUAUACUCAUCAAAUUGCCACGACGCUCCGCAGAUUUCGUACUCAUGAACUUGACGCGUUUGAAUGGCUGUCAAAUGAUGUCAAAUAAAAACCAAGUGCCAUUUAUACAGCAGGUUUUGACCUCAAUGAAUCAAUUCAGUAAUUUCUUGCAAGGUUGUCCUUACAAGCACGGCACACUGUACUACCUGCGCGGAUAUCAUUUGGAUUUGAAUUCAUUGCCAGCAUUCGCAUUUGAAACGGAUAUGAAAACGUGGUUCCAAGUCUCACGUGCAGAAGAUAUACUCUUCUCUGGGUACGCAUAUAGUCGCAUACAAUUGCGGCGAAAGAGAAGAGGACUCGUAGCGAUUUAG